AUAUUUUUUAAAUAUGACUUACAAGCCGAGUGACUCAUGGAGGGAUGGAUUAUCUGAACAGAUUCUUCUUUAAUUUUCUGACUAUAAUUAUAAUCCCCCCCAUAAUGAAAGUGGCAAGACAGGACUUGAACUCCCCACUCUGCAUUGCUCUCUCUCUCUCUCUCUCUCUCUCUCUCUCUCUCUUCUGUACCUCUCUGAUUUGAGCCUUUAGAAAAGCAUAGCAAUCCCCUUUGGGAGUUGGCAGAAAAUGAAGAUGUCUAAACCCUACUUCAUUUUUUGCCUUGUUUUGGUUGAGUUGCUGCGGAGACAACCACAGCUCUCCUUUGUACAAGGCCAACAAAUCUACGUGGACAACAAGCAGCUCCAUUGCGACAAGCACCCCAAUUUCACGCGUGGCUUUGCAUGCAACGGUUUCCAAUCCUCGUGCCAAGCCUAUCUCACCUUCCGAUCCAAUCCUCCUUAUGACUCUCCGGCGGCCAUCGGCUUGCUCCUGGGCACCCAACCCGAUCUCAUUGCCCAGGCCAACAACGUCUCCAGCUUCGGCACCAUUCCCACCGACAAACAAAUCCUCGUCCCCAUAAAAAAUUGCUCCUGUUCGGGUCCUUACUAUCAGUACAACACAUCCUACAGGCUGAACAGUACAUCUGAGACCUACUUCAUCCUCGCCAACGACACGUACCAGGGGCUGACCACCUGCCAGGCCAUGACGGCUCAAAACCCAUAUGAUGUCCGCAAUCUGAUGGUGGGGCAGAAUCUGGAGGUGCCCCUUCGGUGUGCUUGCCCUACUUCCAACCAGGUUGCUACUGGGGUUAAGUACUUGCUCACUUUCAUGGUCACCUGGAAAGAUGACAUUUCUUCUAUUGCUGAGCUAUUUGGUUUGGAGGAGCAGAGCGUUCUGGAUGCAAACGAGCUGUCUCCGGAUGACAUAAUCUACCCUUUUACACCCAUUCUAGUUCCCCUCAAGAGCAAGCCCACUAGUAUUCAGAGAAUAGCCUCUCCGCCCCCAGCACCGCCGCCUCCCCAGUCUCCCCCCGCCGUCCCUGCUGGCUCUGGGAAAUCUAAGAAACGAUGGGUAUUUGUGGGUGUUGCCAUUGGAGCUGUUUCUUUGCUUGUUCUCUCAGCUUCCUCACUUUGGUUCUUCUGUGGCCGACGCCGCUACUUUCACCAGAAGGCUGCAACCGAUCCAGUACUCCCAACUCAGGCAGAACAUUUUAAGAAUCCCCCGCAUUCACCCCCUAAAAAUUUUAUUUCUACCGAAGGCGUGCGUUAUGCUGUCGAAUCCUUGACCAUGUACAUGUUUGAAGACUUGCAAACGGCAACUGGGUUCUUCGGGGAAGCUAACAAAAUCAAGGGUUCUGUCUAUCUUGGAUCCUUUCGGGGUGAUGAAGCUGUUGUGAAGAUCAUGAAUGGGGAUGUGUCGGGAGAGAUCGAUUUGUUGAAGCGCAUCAACCACAACAACAUCAUCAGGCUUUCUGGCUUCUGCGUGCAUGGCGGGAACACCUACCUUGUUUACGAACAUGCGGAUAAUGGAUCCAUCAGUGACUGGCUUCACUCGAACAAGCAUCAAGCAUGUCCCCCUCUGACAUGGAAGCAGAGGCUUCAGGUUGCCUAUGAUGUGGCGGAUGCCCUCACCUACCUCCACAACUAUGCCAACCCUCCCCAUAUCCACAAGAACUUGAAGACCAGCAACAUUCUUUUGGAUUCAAAUUUCAGAGCCAAGCUUUCCAAUUUUGGACUCGCAAGAAAAAUGGAGAAUGGAGACGGAGGAUUCCUCCAACUGACCCGACAUGUGGUCGGUACUCAGGGUUACAUGGCACCCGAGUACAUCGAGAACGGAAUGGUUACUCCUAAGCUAGACGUGUUUGCAUUUGGGGUUGUGAUGUUAGAGCUCUUAUCCGGAAGAAAAGCAGCCGCCGAGAAGGAUGGACGAGAUCGUGAAGACUCGCUAUUUGCAUCCAUAAGAGUGGUGCUCGAAGGAGACAAUGUUAGGGAGAAACUUCGAGGAUUCGUUGAUCCUUCUCUUGGGCAUGAGUACCCUAUGGAUUUAGCUUACUCCAUGGCCCAGCUAGCUAAAAGCUGUGUUGCCCAUGACCUCAACUCUCGCCCCGCCAUGCCAGAAGUUUUCAUGGUUCUUUCGAAGAUUCUCUCCUCCUCAUUGGACUGGGAUCCAUCCGACGAGGUUGAACGUUCAGAAUCAAUUAGUCAUACACGUGGCAGAUAGAUGGCAUAGCUUAUGAUAUUGCUUCACGAGAUUGAGAUGCAUAAUGAACUAAAGCAAUUCAAUGGCGUCAGGUCGUGCUAUGUUGUAGUAGCAGAAGGAAUGAAACUAUUUUAUAUACUAAUAAUCAUAAUAAUCAGACCCUAUUGUAUGUUUCACUCUUUGUAUACAUAAUAGUAUGCAGUUCUACUCA